GCUGCCCGGCGGGUCAGGGCGGGGAAGUCGCCGCCCGAAGAUGGCGGCCGCGGCGGGGGGACACGCCGGGGCUGCGGCGGAGGCGCGGUUCAUCAGCAGCGCCAAGGGGAAGGGCUUGUUCGCCACCAAAAACAUCCGCAAAGGGGAAACAGUGUUCGUGGAGAGGCCGGUGGUGUCAUCCCAGUUCCUCUGGAACGCCCUGUACAACUACCGAGCCUGUGAUCACUGCCUGCGGGCGCUGGAGACGGCGGAGGAGAACGCCCAGCGCCUGCUGGGGAAGAGCUCCCUGGUGCUGCCUCACCCGGAGCAGUGCAGCAUCCGGAAAGACCUGCACCAGCAGUGUCCCCGCUGCCAGGUGACGUACUGCAGUGCAGAAUGCAGGCAGGCAGCUCUGGAGCAGUACCACCAGGUCCUCUGCCUCGGCCCAUCGCGGGACGACCCCACGCAUCCCCUCAACAAGCUGCAGGAGGCGUGGAGAAACAUGCAUUAUCCCCCGGAGACUUCCAGCAUCAUGCUGAUGGCCAGGAUGGUUGCCACCAUCAAACAGGCUAAAGACAAGGAGUGGUGGAUCAAGGCCUUCUCCCAGUUCUGCAGCAAGACAGCGAAUGAAGAAGAGGAGAUUGUGCACAAGCUGCUGGGGGACAAAUUUAAGGGCCAGCUGGAGCUGCUGCGCUUGCUCUUCACCGAAGCCCUCUAUGACGAAUAUCUCAGCAGGUGGUUCACUCCAGAAGGCUUUCGAUCCCUCUUUGCUCUCGUCGGGACCAAUGGCCAAGGCAUAGGAACCAGCUCCCUGAGCCAGUGGGUGCAUGCGUGCGACGCGCUGGAUCUUCCCAUGCUGCAGCGGGAGGAGCUGGACGCCUUCAUCGACCAGCUCUACAAGGACAUCGAGAAGGAGUCGGGAGAGUUCCUCAACUGCGAGGGAUCAGGGCUCUACGUGCUGCAGAGCUGCUGUAACCACAGCUGCAUCCCCAAUGCCGAGACAUCCUUCCCAGAAAACAACUUCCUCCUGCAUCUCACUGCUCUGGAGGACAUCGAAGCAGGAGAGGAAAUCUGCAUCAGUUACUUAGACUGCUGUCAGAGGGAGCGGAGCAGACACAGCCGCAACAAGAUACUCAGGGAGAACUACUUGUUUACCUGCUCGUGUCCCAAGUGCCUCGCGCAAGCCGACGAUGCCGACGUGACGUCGGAUGAAGAGGAGGGCGAAGGAGAGACGGACGAUGCCGAGCUGGAGGAUGAGAUGACAGAUGUGUGACCCUGGCCCCGGGCAAGAGGAGAGGGAAGGGACAGGAAGGGAAGGGCCUGGGGGUUCCUCCAAGAGGCAGCAGCUUUAAUUCUAGAACAGGGUUGUGUUGUGGGGUCGGGUGGGCGCCGCGUGCCGGAGGUGCCGGAGUGGGGCAGCCGGGAGCCGGAGGCAGGCCCUGCUCCCGCCUGUCCGUGUUGUCUGUGUGUGUGUGUGUCAGGCUGUCCCCCGUCCCUGUGAGGACAAGCUGUGAGCUGGUGGCCCUCCACCACAUCCCAGUUCCUGGCAGGGCUGGCUGGUGCUUGCAGUGGAGGCUGGAGGACAGUGGGAUCCAGCCAGCCCCUGGACACCUUGCUGGUCACCUGUUGGCCACUCUGCCGUGUCUGUGCCGGCCGUGGAUGCAGAGGAGCUUGUCCUUCCCACCCUGCAGGGACCAGGGGAACGUGUGGGUGUGUGUCUGUGUGUCUGUGCACAAGGGGUACUAUUUAAUGUCUAUAUUAGCACUAUCUACACACACUGGAGCUGGGGCCCUUAUAUAUCCUCCAUCCCAUGCCUUGGCCAGCACGGAGGGGCAGGGGGAUCUUGCAGGGGACCCUUAGAGGGUGGCUCAGAGCUCAAGUCCAGCAGGGAGAGCGGAGCUGACCCUGCAGGCACCUCCUUCCCAAUUCAGCCUCCUUCCACGACACAGAGCCCCAGGCAGCGACUGCAGGCCCGGCCCGUUUGGGGAUGAAGAAUGGCCUGGAGCUGACAUGGGCUGUGGUGUCAUCCAAAACCCAAAAGACAUUCUGGGUUUUGCAGAGAGGGAGUUGUCCCUCCCUCCAGCCGGCUGUGGGACGAGGAUGUGCCCUUGUGGGAGCAGCCAUGCCCAGGGAUGCUCCAUGUGCUGGGUGCUUCCCUGUGCCCAGUGGUCCCACAUGGAGAUGUGCCAGCACCGAGUGGUCCCGCUGGACGGCCCUUGUCAUCCAUCCCACGCUGCCACCCUCAAGGCCACGCCACGCUGCGGUGUCCCUGCCUGCAGACCGUGUGGCUGGAGGGCCAGCACGGCUCCCAGCGACAGACAGGCAGCAGGUCAGGGAUGCACCCGGGGUUAUUUCCUUCCUCUGUGGAUUCUGGGGAGCUGUUUUCCUGCCGCCCUGUCCAUGGCAGCUGGAUUGUGGGACCGAGGGUGGCACACCUGUGACACUGCUAUCACUGCCAGCCCUGCCUCCCACUGCUUGUCCCCAGCCAUCCCGGGGCCGCGUCCCCUUCAGUGUUCGCAAUAAACUGAGACUGGUGACAA